AUGGAGGAAGAAAAUCUAUAUGAAAUACUCGAGAUCGAGUCAAAUGCAACCAGCAGCGAAAUCAAAAGAGCUUAUAGGAAGCUAGCACUCAAGUAUCAUCCUGAUAAAGUUUCAGAAGAUGAACGAGAAUCAUCAGAGAUUCAAUUCAAAAAAGUGUCAUACGCAUAUGAAAUACUCAUAGAUGAGGAAAAGCGAUAUAAUUAUGAUCAAUUCGGCUCAGCUGAUCCUCAGGCGUCAUAUGCCUCGAAUCCAUUUGAACAAUUUUAUGGUGGCAAUUUCAACGAGUUUGGUGGCAAUGACUUCCAUGACUUUUUUAAUGGUGGUGGUGAUUCAAGAAAUGGUGGGAAUAGAACACACAGACAGAGAACUGAAGAUGCACAUAUCAAGGUGGAAGUGACAUUAGAGGAUCUAUACCUCGGCAAGGUCAUUAGAACAACUUCAACAAGAAACAUUAUUUGUACCCAAUGUAAAGGAAGCGGGUUGAGAUCCUCUAAUGCAGUGAGCAAACAAUGUGGUAUCUGUCACGGAGAAGGACACACAAGAAAGAUUAAGCGUGUUGCACCUGGCUUGGUGGCUCAGGAGUAUGUUGACUGUACUACAUGUAAUGGAACAGGUAAAAUAUACAGAACAAGGGAUAGAUGUAAACUUUGCAGUGGUACAAGAAUAAUUGAGGAGACCAAGAUUUUGGAAUUUGAGAUACAAAAAGGGUCGCCAAAUGUUGGCCAGAUAGUUAAAAAGGGAGAAAGUGACGAGUUUCCAGGAAAACAGGCUGGUGACAUUAUCCUUGACUAUACUUGCAAAACUCAUGAAAGGUUUGAACGUAAAGGUGAUGACUUGUACUCAAGCUUUAAAUUGCCACUCGCGGAAGCAUUAACAGGUUUCACAAAACAAGUUACUGUGCAUUUAGAUGGACGAAGUAUCCAGAUCAACGUACCAGCCGGUAAAGUGACUAGACCAGGAAACUAUAUCAAAUUGGCCGGAGAAGGUAUGCCAAAAGCUUCAAAGUCGUGGUUCUCAUCGAAGAAGAGUGGAGACCUUUAUCUCAAGCCAGAAAUUGAGUUCCCUCGUGACAACUGGUACUUGGAAAAGAAUGACUUGCUCAAAAUAAGAAACAUUUUGCCCUCAAGUGCAGAAAAGUUGGAUUUAGGCCCUGAGGCAAAUAUCGAUUUAUUUACCGAUUUUACAACAAUCAGCGAGGAUGAGUUGCCUACAUAUGAGUCAGAGCAGGACAAAUACGAUAAUCGAUAUCAAGAUCAAGAUCAAGAUCCACAAUGCACUCAGCAGUAG